AUGCCAGGGUUCGAAUCUCAGCGGUGCUAUCGGCUGGUCGGGCGUCUGCGUGGAGAUUUGGGCGUGGCCUCGGAGCUGGCGUUCAUCAAAGAGCCCCACGAUGUCAUCGCGGUGAGGGACCGGCCCCUGAUGCUGGACUGUGAGGUGGAGGGUGAGGGCCCCAUCACCAUCACCUGGCGGAGGAACGGCGUGCCCGUCAGCGCGGGCCCCCGGCUGGCCGUGCUGGGUAACGGCGGGCUCCUGAUCCGGAACCUCCAGAAACGGCGGGAGAGCAACGAGACGGACGCGGGCGUGUACGAGUGCGCCGCACAGAACCGCUACGGGAUGCUGAUCAGCCGCAGAGCGCGGGUCCAGUUCGCAUCUCUUCCGAAGUUUCAUACCCACCCGGAGUCCAUGGCAGUAGAUGAAGGAGGGGUGGCACGACUCCACUGUGCCAUCAACGGGAUUCCUGAGGCGGGCAUCACCUGGGAGAGGAACAGGACCACCCUCAACACAGACGAUGAGAGGUACACGUUACUACCCAACGGUAUCCUGCAGAUCACCGGCGUGCGUCACGAGGACGGCGGCUUCUUCCGCUGCAUGGCCAAAAACAUCGCCAACACGCGCUACAGUCAUGAGGCGCAGCUCACCGUCACCGGGGCCGCGUCCCGAUCCUACAAAGAGCCGGUGAUCCUCUCGGGCCCUCAGAAUCUCACCAUUAACAUCCACCAGACGGCCAUACUGGAAUGCAUCGCCACGGGGAACCCGCGGCCCAUCGUGUCCUGGAGCAGGCUGGACGGACGCUCGAUCGGAGUGGAGGGGAUCCAGGUUUUGGGGACGGGUAACCUCAUGAUCUCGGACGUCUCUCUUCAGCACUCUGGAGUGUACGUCUGCUCGGCCAACAGACCGGGCAGCAGGAUGAGACGAACCGCACUGGGACGACUGGUAGUGCAAGCUCCUCCCGAGUUCCUGCAGUGGCCGCAGUCCGUUUCCAAACCAAUAGGGGGCAGCGCGGUGUUCACCUGCCAGGCUCAGGGGGUCCCAGAGCCGCGCCUCAUCUGGUUAAAAAACGGCAAGAUCCUCACCCCCGGAGACAACGUUAAACUCACCAAUAACAACAGCACUUUGGCCGUGACCAGGAUCGCGGCGGGAGACGAGGCCAUCUACCAGUGCAUAGCGGAGAACAGCGCCGGCACCAACCAGGCCAGCGCUCGUCUGGCUGUGUCCCAAUCGGAGAAUCCGCUCCCCGAGGCCCCUCAGGACCUGAGGGCCACGCCGCUCUCGCCCACCUCGCUGCAGCUCAGCUGGAACCAGCCUGACGCCCACGACACUAACGGCAUCAUCGGUUACGUGCUGCACAUCCGCAUGCUCGGAGAACCGGACAGUAAGGAGCUCCAGGAGGCCGUGAGUAAGGACACGUUCCAGCACGAAUUCAGUAACCUGGAACCAGCAACCACUUACUCCAUCUACCUGAAAGCCUACUCACCUCUGGGUGCCAGUCAGAACUCCAACACUGUCACUGCUACAACACUAGGGGGCGUUCCCAGCAUGCCCAGUUUCUUCACCAAGGUCCUGAACAGCACCGCCAUGCAGGUGUACUGGGAGCUGCCCAGUAAACCAGGGAAGGUGGAGGGGUUUAAACUGUCCCACCGCGUGGUGCCUCAGGAGCAGUUCGGGCCGGACGAGCGCUUCCCCGGACACAUCAACACACACACCAUCUCACACCUCGAGAGCUCGGCGGUGUACGAGAUCCAGCUGGUAGCGUUUAACGGGAACGGCGACAGCAUCGGCAACAAACGCCUGGUCUCGCUGACUGAUGCUGGAACGGGAGGCAGGAACAGCGCUGGAGGGCAGAGCGUGUGUAACUGCAGACAGGAUGGCGAGAGCUCUAUCACUGGCAUCGUGGUUGGCAUCCACAUUGGCAUGGCCUGCAUCAUCUUCUGUGUGCUGUUCCUGGUGUUCGCGUACCGUCGCAGCUCGUUGUGUGGGAAGGGGACGCAGGACGACUGGAGCGUUCCUCAAACAGAACCACCGGGGGGCGUGAGAGACACAGGGCCGAAAGAAAGCGCCGUCCGCACGGCGGAGGCGAUAGAGCUGACCCCUCAGUCUGAGGGCGGGGCAGCGGAGAGCCAGGCUGCAGGGGCGCACUGCCAGGUCCUCAUCGAGGAGCAGCCCGGCUGCCAACAGGGCGUGGCACGGGCAACUACACAGAGCACAGGCACGGGCUAA